AUGUGGGCGGCACAGACUGGCCAUGCGGAGAUCGCCAAAGAGUUGCUGGAUCGCGGGGCGGAGAAGGAUGUCACGGACAGCUUCGGCAACACCGCCCUGAUGCAUGCAGCACGGAAUGGUCAAGCAGACUGUUUGGACGUCCUCUUGGUUGCCGGGGCGGACAAGGAGGCCGGUGACAGACUCGGCAACACCGCCCUGAUGCUAGCUGCGCGACAUGGCCAGUCUGACUCGCUGGGCACACUGCUGGCCGCAGGCGCCGAAAAGGAGACAAAAAAUAAGCACGGCUACACGGCUGUCAUGCAGGCCACCGGCAGUGGCCACGAAAAGUGCGUGAAGCUCUUGCAGGACCAAGGAGCAAGCAAGGCCAUCAUCCGCCAGUCCUGUGAUGCGCACUGGAUCCAAGCUGCGAAGGAUGGCAAUGCCGAAGUGCUCAUCGACCUUCUUGAUUCAGGUGCAAACAAGGUGGGAAAGCGGUUGCGGAAACAUCGAUUUGCAUGA